UGAAUGGCUGCUUCUUUCUGACUACAGUUCAACUCGACCACGGCGUUCAUUUUCUUCAUCGCGGUGUUCUGCUGAUUGUUAACGUGUAAAGUUUAAGUUUUAUAAAAAUACAAGCAUCAUGUCACCUCGCCCACUUGUAAAACAUAAGAUUGUGAAGAAGAGACUAAAGAAGUUUGUCCGCCACCAGUCUGACAGAUAUGGAAAGCUUAAGCCUAACUGGAGGAAACCUCGUGGUAUUGAUAACAGAGUACGCCGACGAUUUAAGGGUCAGUGUUUGAUGCCCAACAUUGGUUAUGGAAGCAACAAAAAGACAAAACAUGUGCUACCGAAUGGUUUCAGAAAAGUUAUUGUACGAAAUGUUAAGGAGUUGGAAAUGCUUAUGAUGAUGAACAGAAGAUUUUGUGCAGAAAUUGGACAUGCUGUAUCUUCUAAGAAACGAAAGACAAUUGUAGAGAGGGCCCAACAAUUGGCAAUUCGUGUAACAAAUGCAAAUGCCAGACUGCGUUCUGAAGAGAAUGAAUAAAUUAGAAAUAAAAAUUGUGAAAAAUGUUGUCA